AUGAGCAUAUCAACUCCACGGCGUGCAUCAACGCCGAUCCGUGGGGUAUCGAGUGGUUCAUUCACAGUCACAAGGGCCCAGUCUGAUGCACCCACACCCUUGUCUUUCCUGCAGGAUGAUGCCCUACCGAUUCUCGUUGAAGAAACUAUGACGCUGCACGACAAUUUUGCUCAAAUCGCCGAGAUCCAACAUGCGAUGACGGCCUUCAAUGAAAGCUUUGCGGCCUUUCUCUACGGCAUCAAAAUGAACGCUUUUUGUGUUGAGUGGCCUGAAGCGCCUACAGAAGCGACGCUCCGUGCGCACAGAAGCCCAGUGUCCAUGACACCGAGACUUGCCCCAGUGGCAGCUACAGCUACAGCUACAGCUGCGGCGACAACCGCAGGAAUGGACGUAAGUUCACCCUAUGAUGACGGUGCACUCGGCGAUCAGACGUACACGACAGAUGUCGAUGCCGACAUCCCAUCACCACCGCGUGCUCACGCUCCCUCGAAAGGACCCACCAUGUCGAAAGGGCGAGUGCCGCCACCUUCACAAAAAGCGUCCAUGACACGACCGAGAAAAGCUGCUUCCUCGCAGGCAUCGAAACGACUACCCGCUGCUGUGCAGAAGAAACGUGCUGUGAGUACUCUGUGGUCCAUGUCAACGUAA